AUGAAGAUGAACACUUUGGUGCUUUUGGCUAUCUGCGUGGCAUGCGCCUGUGCUGCACCAAAUCCAGCACCACAAGGUGCUGCUCCAGAAGCCAAUCGAGGAGACUGGGCUGCAAUCUAUGAGUUUGAGGUCAGCCAUUCUAUCAUAAAGAAUAUCAAAACAUUACCUCUAACUGAGAAGCUCUUGUCAAAUAUUUGCCGUGCUUUAGCUGAUGCACCAGCGUCCCUGUUCAAGCGCGCUCCAUUGCUUCAAUCAAAACGACACAUUUCGCCAUCGUACGACGUUGAGAUUGACGCUGGAAACAUGAGAAACUUGUUGGAUGUUGGAAAGAGAAGCGCACCAAUGGCCGCCGAUUACGGAAAUCAAUUCCAGAUGUACAACCGCCUGAUUGAUGCCGGUAAGAAGAAGAGAUCCUCCAUGAUCUCCCCAUCCUACCAAUUCGAAGACGCUCUCGGACUCUCUGACGCUUUGGAACGAGCUGGACGUCGUUAG